AUGAGCUACGAGGUAAAGACAGAUAGCAAGCACGAUGACCACAUGGUGGUCAGCGUCGAGGCUGGACCCGACAUCGUGGUCCACGACGCAGUGUGGGGAGAAAUCAAGGAAGGUGGAACAAACUACCGCAGUCUCGGAUGGAUGAGUGCCGCGGUCGUGCAGACGAAGGUUCAAAUUGGUCUCGGUGUGCUUGCACUGCCCUACGUUCUCAGCAUUCUCGGCAUGGUUCCAGGAAUCAUCGUCGUCGCUGCCACAGGUGCCAUGGCUUUAUGGACUCAAUGGCAGAUUGGCGCCAUUAAGAAGACUCACCCCGAGAUCUUUUCCCUUGCGGACGUCGGUUUUGUCAUGUUUGGUCCUAUCGGCCGCGAAAUCUUUGGUGCUUUCUUCUGGAUCUAUCUCACUGUCAUUGCCGGCGCGGGAAUGAUCGGUAUUUCGACGGCACUCAACGCGCUGAGCACCCACGGCGCCUGCACUGUGAUCUUUGUGGCUGUCGCGGCGGUUGUCGUCGUCCUCAUUGCUUCGACUGAGACGCUGGAGAAGCUGGGUUGGCUCUCUUGGGCCGGUGUCGCGUGUAUCAUGACCUCGGUGAUCACUCUGGUUGCUGCUGUCUCGAGGCAGGACCGCCCUAGCGCUGCACCUCAGACUGGCCCGUGGGACAAGGGCGUGGUCGUUAUUGGACACCCUUCGUUUGUCGACGCGAUCAACGCGGUCGCUACCGUGUUCUUCUCGUUCGCCGGAUCCCCAUACUACUUCAACGUCGCGGCUGAACUUCGCAACCCCAACCACUACAACAGGUCUAUCACGGCUAGCUCUAUUUUCACGUCGUCGACCUACCUUAUCAUUGGAUCGCUUACCUACCACUACUGCGGCCAAUACAUUUCAUCCCCGGCCCUUGGAUCAGCUGGAAUUCUCAUGAAGAAGGUCUGCUACGGUAUCGCUAUGCCUGGCCUUAUUGUGAGCGCCGUCCUCAACACGCACAUGGCCGCCAAGUAUGUCUUUGUCCGCCUUCUCCGCAACUCGCACCACCUCACGGAGAAGACCAAGAAGCAUUACCUCUUCUGGAUCGGCUGCAUCGUUACCAACGGCACUCUUUCGUUCAUCAUCGCAGAGUCAAUUCCCAUUUUCAACGACAUCAUUUCCCUCACGGGUGCGAUCCUUGGCACUCCUUGCGCGUACACCAUGCCUCUUAUGAUGUGGUUCUACGCCAAGAAGCAGGAUCUCAAGGAGAGGCGCACACCGCUGCUCCUUGCCAUGGCACUCAUUAACGGUAUUCUGUUCCUGUGCAGUGUCUUCAUCGCGAUCGGCGGCACGUACACCAGCGUUGUCAGCAUCCGCGACAACUUGAAAUCGGGAGACGUCGGUGGUGUCUUCUCUUGCGCCGAUAACAGUAACAGUGUGUAG